UUGGGGGCGGAGCUACGUCUGUAGCGAGCUCUCCGAUUGGUCCGAUUUGAACAGAGAACCGCGACGGCAGGAAAGAAGCAUGUUAGCAAUGUAAACGGGAUAAACAAAAGAAAAUAUUAACAAGCUUUUUUCAAGAUGAUGGAAUCGUGUUUAAAUCACAAGCCUGAGAGAGUUGGAUCUAUAACGGUUGAAGAUCUCAGGAAAGAUCUCUUCUCCGAGUUCUCCAAAUUAUCAAGGGACUCCGUAUUGCUUGAAAAAGAGAAUUUGCAGGUCUAUCUCCGUGUACGUCCGUUCACUUCCGCAGAGAUCGCAGAAGGACAAUCACAGGAGUGCAUUUCUAUCGAGCCUCCAGAUACUGUGAUUCUUAAGGCACCUAGAGCAUCUCUGACAGCCAGACACAGUGAGAGAUUCGGCCCACAGCUGGCACAACGAUUUCAGUUCUCACAGGUGUACGGUCCAAAAACAACUCAAAGACAGAUAUUUGAUGGAACAACUAAAAGCCUUGUGAAAGAAGUCUUGGACGGAGGGAAUUCCUUGAUCUUUACAUAUGGAGUUACCAAUGCUGGGAAAACGUUUACUUUUCUUGGCCCUGAAUCAGAUGGUGGAAUUCUGCCCAGGUCAUUGAAUGUGAUCUUUAACAGCAUAGAAGGCAGAAUUUAUUCUCAAAAUAACAUCAAACCUCACAGAUGUGUCGACUUUAUGAGACUGACUAAAGAGCAGCAGGAUGAGGAAGCUACAAAUAAGAGAAAUCUUCUUCGUCGAUUUAAAGAUAAUGACUCCCAAAAAAUGCUGUCCAGCAUGUCCAGCUCUAGUUGUUCAUUUGAAAGCUCCACUUCUAGUGACACGAAUGGGGACAGUGUCUGUUUGGAUGAGACCUCUUAUGUUAAAUACUCAGUGUGGGUCUCCUUUUGUGAAAUUUACAAUGAAAGCAUCCAUGAUCUGCUUGAUCUUGUUUCAAAUGGCUCUCACAGAAGGAGUGUUUUGCGACUAUCCCAAGAUGUUAAAGGCAAUGCUUUUGUCAAAGACCUAAAAUGGUUUCAAGUUAACAGUGUAGAUGAAGCAUUAAAAGUUGUGAAAAUUGGAAGAAAAAAUCAAAGUUUCUCAUCCACAAAGCUCAACACCAUCUCAAGCAGAAGCCACAGUAUAUUUUCCAUUCGAAUCUUGCGGAUUGAAGAUGUGGGUGUUCCUCGAGUUCAGACAAUAAGCGAGUUGUCAUUAUGUGAUUUGGCUGGAUCUGAGCGAUGUGCAAAGACUCAGAACCAAGGAGACCGCUUAAAAGAAGCUGGAAACAUCAACACUUCCUUGUUAACUUUGGGAAAAUGCAUCAAUGCUCUGAGGCUCAACCAAACACAAUCCAAGUUUCAUCAGCACGUCCCCUUCAGAGAGAGCAAGCUCACACAUUAUUUGCAGGGUUUUUUCUGUGGUCGUGGAAAAGCCUGCAUGAUCAUCAACAUAAACCAGUGUGCCUCAAUGUACGAUGAAACCCUGAAUGUCCUUAAGUUCUCAGCAAUGGCUCAGAAGGUAGUGGUCCUCAACCCUAAACCAGCUCCUAGCAUUGUGCUCAAGAGAUCUGCCAGAGAUGUGUCCAUGAUAAUUAAUAAUGCUGACAAGAAGGAUUGGACCAGGAGAAGUUCACUCAUGGGAUGGGAGAUGAGUCUAGAGGAUGUGCAAGAGGAUGAAGAUGAUGAAGAAAUUGGUGAGGAAGAUGAUGAUGAAAUUGGUGAGGAAGAUGUAGAGAGUGGCGAUGAGAGCAUGGAGGACAACACUGUGCUAGAGGCUGCGGAAAGUCAAGAGCUGUGUGAGCUUCAGGUGAAAAUCGAAGAGCUCAAAGAGAAGCUGUCCAAAGAGGAGUCUGAAAAAUUAACUAUGGAAUCUCGUAUUCGUGAAGAAGUCACCACAGAGUUUAUGGAGCUGUUUUCUAAUAUGGAAAAAGACUACAAUGAACGUCUCCAAAGAGAGAAAGAAAUAAUUGAGGAAAGAGCAGAAAGGAGGCUGGAGAUACUGAAGAAUCUGGUGAACAGAACUAUUGGGGAAAUGGCCACUGUUAGCACUGACGAGAAUGCAGCAAAGGAGGCUAAGAUUGAGCUUUUGGACAGCAUGAUUGAAGCUAUGCGAGAUGAUCUAGCUAAGAUAAAGGGAGAUGCAGAGGCAGUAAACAUGUGCCUGACGAAUGUCCCUGAAUCACCUGGAACAGUCAGUCAUCUGAGAACACAGCUGGAGGAGAUGAAAGAGGAGCUUCUCAAAAGUCAACAACUUCUCAGUCUUAAAACUAAAGAGUUUGAAGAAAUGUGUGUUCAGGCACAGGAAUCAAAUGACCAGCUUCUCCAGGCAAAUAGGAAUUAUGAAAACCAGAAAGUGAGAUGUCAGGAACUCAUGUUAAUCUGCCAGGAGAAAGAUGACAUGGUCUCUACAUUACAGACUGCUUUGGAUCAAAAUGUGGAGGCAACUACUAAAGAUAGGGACUUAAUUAACAAUAUCAAAGAAGAAAUCCUACAUUUCAGAAACAACUGCAAGUGUUUGCUGAAUGAAGACUCUGAACCAAGAGAGGAGGAAAUGACAAGUCAAGAAACUCAACAGCUUCUGCAAGAACUGAAAAUGAAAGAUGACCGGCUGAAUGAACUUAACCUUGAGAACUGUUCACUUGAAAAAAAACUGUGCAAUCUCUCUGAUAGACUGGCAGAGCUGACUCGUGCACAUGAAGCCACUGUGGCGAUGGAGAGAGCAGAGGUCAGCAAAGUCACAAAUGAGAACAAGGCUCUUGCCAAUGAGUUACAUGUACUUCAGCAGGCAGCCAAUGAGAUGAGCUCAAAGCUCAAAACUAUCCAGAUGGAACUGAGCACUCAGACAAAGAUGGCCAGUGAGCUUUCAGAAAAACUUGAUGCAGCCAGAGCUCUGAUUAAGCAACAUCAAGCAGAGUCUUGCAGUCAGUCCAAAACCAUUGAAUCCUUAAUGACGGAGGCAGAUCAUUUGCGUCAAGAACUCAGUGCCCGCCAGCUCUCACAUGACAAAAACGAAGCUGAAUGUGAGAGGAUGGUGGAGUUAUCUCAGGAGAAGAGCAGACAGAUCAGUGACCUGGAGCAGGAGGUCAGCCAGACCAGAGCGAACGUGUGCCAGCUGGAAGAGCUCUGCACUCAGCUUAAAUAUGAGCGAGAUGCCCAGGCACAGGAAUACCAGAGCCUACUGAGCCGUUAUGAAGCUCAAAAGUUUGUCAUGGCCCAAAUAAGAAGCAACUCUGAACUCCUGGAAGAGCUGACCGCUCUGAAACAUCAGCAGGGGAGGAAGGAAGAACAAGAGCAAGACUCCAGAGAUGAUUGCUGGGAAACUCUGCAGGAAAAAUUAAUGCAAACGCUGAGCAAACUGAACCAACGUGAGGAGGUUCUGAACGUAGUGAGAGCGAUUGUAGAAAAUGAGAUCUCUAAGGCAAGAGAUGAGGCCAAGAGGAGAAUAACUGCAAUGGAGAAUGAUCUGGCCCAUAAAGAUGCAGAACUAGAGAUCAAAGCCCAAGAGCUUUUGAAGUCGAGAGAACUUGUGACUGAUGGACUUGAUAAAAUCAAGAUUAUGAGUUGCAAGUUGCAGCAGGUGGAGAGGGAGCGAUCUGAUGUCAGUGAUCAGUUAUGUGAGGCUAAUUUGCAGAAAGAACAGUUAGAGAAACAGAUUUUGAUCUUGAGUGAAAAAAACAAAAUGUUUCAGCAGAGACCAUGUGAAGCGGAGGAGAUGAGGGAUCAGGCUGGACACAGAUUGAGCAGCACAGAGCAAACUAUUGAUCCAUUGCAGACUGUGCAGUCAAACCAUGUAAUAGAAGAAGAAAACAUACAGCCUUUCAAAACAACCUGUCAAGAUCUUUUGGCAGAGCAAAAGCUGAUUGAGGAGACGUGUGAAAACUUAAAUAAAGUGUGCACACAGACAGAUGAGGAGGAAUUGCUGGAGGCCAGACUGAAUGAGAAUGAAUCCAUAACCGAAGAUCUUGCAAAACUGCAGGAGAUGUAUCAGAAAUCAAGAGUUGGUUUCUCUGAUAAACCCCAGCAAGAGGAACAGAGAGCCUGCAGACCUGCAGAAAGCACAAAGCAGCCUAAUGAGGAGCAAGGAAAGGGGCUGGAUGAGGCAGCCAUGGGGGAAGAAGAGAGAGCGGCCCAGGCAACAAGGCAACUACAAGGCAACCAACAGGACAGGCUGCAGCUGGAGCUGGAAAUGUUAAAGCAGCAGCUGGCUGAAAAGCAGGAUACCAUUGUUAAAUUACCAAGGGAAAAAGGUGAUUUGGCUGCUUCUGCUACCCAGAAAGUUGACCGUACCAAACAGACUUCAAACGUGAAGACAAAGAAUGAAGGCGAUUCAUUUAGUCCAACACAAGAGCAGGUUGCAGUACUGGACUCCUCUGUCCUUUCCACAAAGAGCCUCAGAGAUGAGCGCUUCCCCAAACCUGAGCUAGAAAUUAGCUUUACACCACUUAAACCUGACCGAAUUAAUGUCAGGAAACCGGGAGAAGAAGAGUCUGUCACGAUCAAACUCCGACGUACAGCCAGAAAGAGAAAGAGCCCAGAGAUGCAGAACUCAGUGGAGUCAGAAAAUCGGAAAAACCGACGGCUGAAGGUGAACAACAGGGAAAACUUGCAGUUUGUUGAGACUCCUGCAGUGCAAGGAAAAAAGGUGAGUCAAUUAAAGCAGAAAGACUCUCCUGCCAGCAUGAAAGGUAAAAAAGACGGAGCCCUCCAGAAGAUUGGUAACUUCAUCCAGAGCUCUCCAACCCUCUUUGGGAGCAAAGCCAAGAAAAUCAUGAGCAUGGUGAAUGUGAAAUCCCCUGAACUGCCAAAUGCUUCUGAAAACAACAAACCAAAGAGAUCCAAACGAAAGCUCUUCAAGACUCAGGUUUCCUCCCCGCUGGACAUCCCCUCUCAUCCUGUCAUUGGAAGCAGUGAAGAUGAUAAAGAGAGCGAUCAUCUCAUAAUCAAGAGAAAACUCAGAACAAGAACUGCAAGGAGAUGUUAAUUUGAUGGAUUUAAGUUAUUUUGCUUUACUUUUUUUCUAAAUUGUCAUAUUUUAAUUGUUUAAUACCUAAAUGUUGUUGAACAAUUCAUAUUUGUUUUAUUAACUGGAAAUGUUUGUAAAUAUUUUAUGUAUGUAGCUCGCAACAUUUAAAAAUGUUUUCUAAAAAAGUUUUCUUUUUAAAUUUAGCCUUUUAUUUCCUGUGGUUAUUGGACAAAAUAUGACAAACAAAAUGCUGUUCAUUAAAAAAAUGCCUAAAAGC